AUACGAAGAAGCCCGCCCUUCUCAGAGGUUUUUUAUUUGAAGCAAAAACAAAGAAUAUCUCUUUAACCAACCAGAAACAAAGCAGCUAGCAGCCUCUCUCUGCGAGCGAGCGAGAGGUUUUAUUCCAGUUUGAAACCCUAUUCACUCUCCUCAACUCCGCAGAAGAUGGAUCGGUACCAGAGGGUAGAGAAGCCGAGAGCAGAGACUCCGAUAAAUGAAAAUGAGAUAAGGAUUACAACUCAAGGGAGGAUGAGGAACUACAUUACUUAUGCCACCACUCUCCUCCAGGAAAAAGGGUCAGACGAGAUUGUCCUUAAGGCAAUGGGGAGAGCUAUCAACAAGACUGUCAUGAUUGCUGAAUUAAUUAAGAGAAGAAUUGUUGGUCUCCAUCAGAAUACAUGUGUUGGAUCUACUGAUAUAACUGACAUGUGGGAGCCGCUUGAAGAAGGCCUUCUUCCUCUGGAAACUACUCGCCAUGUUUCAAUGAUCACCAUUACAUUGUCGAAGAAAGAGCUUGAUGCAUCCUCCACAGGAUAUCAGCCUCCAAUUCCAGCUGAUCAAGUCAAACCAUGGACUGAGUUUGAUUAUGAAGGAGAGGGCUCUCCUGGUAUGCGAGGUAGAGGCCGUGGUGGUCGAGGAAGGGGCGGAGGUAGAGGAGGGCUUAACAAUGGAGUCAGUGAUUAUAAUGGAGGUGAUGGUGGUUAUGAUAAUGGUGGACGGGGAUAUGGUGGAAGGGGGAGAGGCCGUGGGCGUGGGAGAGGUUUCCGUGGCCGUGGAAGAGGUGGUUAUGGUGGUGGAGAUAUGGUGAUGCAUCAAGAGACUGGUGGUGGUUAUAAUGAUUAUGGUGGCGGACCAGAAGCACCACCUGCCCAAGGACGUGGGCGCGGUCGUGGUAGGGAACGGGGCCGUGGGCGUGGUCGAGAAUAUAAUAGAUCGGAUGUGCCGGUCCAGGCAGCAGCUGCUUGAGUUUUUUGUAUUGUUAGGCUUUUGAAUUAGUUUGUAGAAUCUCAAGUUCAAUUCAAUUUUGUCGCGAUUUAGGGAAGGACUUUCAUGUAGGUUUAUAUCUAUUCACCAUAUAGAAUUAUUACAUCCAAGUUCGAAAUGAAAUUCAGUCCCAGUGAUGUUUUGUUAAA